AUGCUGGUGGAAAAGGGAGUCGAACCUCCGCCCCCAGCACAUCCCCCAAAGACGAGACACGAGGCCCAACCCAAGGCGUCAGAGGAGGAGAAGAAACAGGCCUGCUCACAAACAAACCCUCGAGAGCCGUCUGCGCACUCCCCACAAGGAGACGUUCCAUCGCCGCCAGACUCUGCGAAUGAGGAAUACGCAAUGCAGGAUAGCGAUCGUGCCGAUAGCGCUCACACCGACACGGCGGUCUCAUCGAGUCAAAUCUUUCAACCGCUGCCGAAGGAGCAAUCUCCCUUCCGCAUGCUGGAUCCGAAACAAGAGGAUAUCGUUCACCGUCUUCUCUCGACGAAAGGGAAUCUCUCGUUUGAUCAGCUAUCUGGCCGGUUGCGCUUCUUCGGCCCGACUGCGAACUCGCACGUCUACGCCGAGUCUUCGGACCAGUUCGAUACGCGCGAGCCCCCGGAACAAGUACGACGAGCCGAGCGCAUCAUCCGCUCGCUCACCUCCUCAACUCAUGACUACUUGAUGGAAAGUUUCUGGACUCAUUACAACUCGGUCCUCAAGAUCAUUCACCGAGAUGCCUUCGACGCCGACAAAGAGGCCCAAAACCCAAAGUUUUACUCGUCGUUCCUUCACAUCUGCAUCCUCGCCAUGGCUUUUCGCUUUGCAGAUUCUGAUCGCGACGACAUGAGGAGAAUCGCUUUGGGAAGCCGGGAGAGCACCUUGCAUCGCGAGGCCAAGUACAUGCUCGACAUCGAGCUCGAACGUCCUGGCGGCAUACCAAGCGUGCAAGCUCUCCUGCUACUGGGUGACCUUGAGUGUGGUGUCGGUAGGGACAACACCGGUUGGAUGUAUGCUGGUAUGGCGAAUCGACUGGCAUUCGACAUCGGUCUUCACCUUGACUGUCGCAAUACCGGCAUCAGCGAGCAAGAGGUUGACAUCCGCCAUAUGGUGAUGAGAGCUUGCGUCAUAUAUGACAAGUACUGGGCUUUAUUCCUGGGUCGACCGACGAGCAUCAAAAACCAGGAUAUUGGAUUGGACUUGCUUUCACGACGAUUCUCCCAACUGACGUCACUAAUGGGAGGGCCUGGGGCCGCAAACAGAAAGAAUAUCACCGCCGAAAUCUAUGACCAGUUGAUAGAACUCAUGGAGCUUGCUGGCCGUAUUGUCGAGUCGCGAGAGGUCCGUAAUAAACAACGAGGAGAAGGAAGCGACAAUAUCUUCAAUCCAAAUGAAGGCGAGGACAACGCGUACUUGCAUGCCAUAAACCUCGACCGCCAACUCCAGAAUUGGUAUCGACGCCUGCCAGAUCAUCUACAAUGGAAACCUUCAGCCAUCAAGAGCGCGCCCUUCAGUUACUUCCUCCUUCACCAGCAGUACCACGUCUCCAUGAUACUACUCCAUCGCCCGUGGGCCAGAUACGGCGCCAUCGCCGGCGAUGGCAACAGCACUGGAUCUCAGCCGAGUCCUGGGUCGGCGUGUGAACCAAGGGACGUCCUCGAUCAACCACCAUUCUCCAACAACUCCCCUGGCAUGAAUGAUCCCCAUUCCAUGGUGGAUGACAGUAGGACAGCGCUAUCUCGCAGCAUUUGCACGCAGCAGGCAAUACGGGUGGCACGCAUCUUCUGGCAGCAUCGCCAACGGUUCAACGGAACCAAGAUCUUUGUGACUGGAAUUCAACACGCCGGAACGGCAGCGAUAGCCUUGAUAGCAGCGCUGGCUUAUAACCACAGCGAGUCUGACCGGCGAACGUAUCUCGGGUAUCUUGAGAUACUUUCCAGUGCAGUCAACGACAUGAGCCAUACGUACCAACCAGCAGCCCGGAUGGACGAUCUACUCAAGGCGGUUCUGGUCCAGCUUCGAGCCGACAUCAAUGAUUCCAGUGGCGAAAGUCAGCCGGCUGUGACUUUGACUGGCAGUGACAAGAGUCUCCUGUCAAGCUCGGGUUGGAGGGGGAACAUGGACUCGAUCUACUCCAUCCUGCCAGCGAGGCGUGAUGCGGACGCAGGUAGUAGCCAGUCACACAAAAGACGACGUCCGUCGACCACCAGCCGUAGGGCUUCGGAGUUUUCUCGCCCUCCGCCGCCAUUCUUUCUGACGCAGGCGCAGUCGAAUAGGGGGCGUUCAUCGCAGAGCCAUCGGUCGGUCGGUCAACAUCCCCCAAUCGACCCAGCCAUGUAUUCGAUGGGCAACGGCGAUACUCAAGGGUUCAACUUGGACUUUCUGAAUGGUUCUGCGAUUGAUCAAGAUCUUGAUGAUGCCUCAGAAGGGUUAAUGAGACCCUCUGAAGAUUUUGUGCUCGUGGCGUCACAAAACCAAGGUUGGGCACUGGCUGGAAUGGGCAGCGAUGAAACCACUCAGCAGGGAAGUCUUGGGUACGACGGUGUAGGCUUCAAUGAGUGGGCUUUAGGGGUGGCUGAGCCAAGCGCCGGAUCUGCCCUCGGUCGUUCGGAUUCUUUGACAUCGUCUAGGCGUGACAAGGCAAGGGGGGAAGACGGAAAGGGGGGCAACUCAGCCGUACCGCGUGGACUUCUGAGUGACCAACUGAAUCAGGUGUCAUCCGAGAGCAAGAGCGAUGAGGACGGUAAAUCGCAGGCGCUCAACUCGGUUGAUUCUGGGGGGAUGGAUUGGAUGGGCAGUGAGGGCGGUCUAAACGCCUUGAGCCCAGUAAGCUUGAGUGGGCUGGUCCAAAGCACGAUGCCGGAAAAGGGGGAAAAUGAGUCUGCCGGGACUCACAAGAACCACGAGCUCGACUUUUUCAGUUUUUGA